AUGUGUCCUCUUCUGCUCCGCUUGAAGCAAGUGUUGACUGUGCCUACUACCCCCAUUGGAACCAUCAAGGGCCCCCCUCACCACGGCAACCCCUGCCAUGGAAACCAGCCCCUCAAAGGAAUGACCCUUUUGAGCACCAGUGUAAUCUGCUACCUUGCCCCCGUUCUUGAGCACUCUGCAGAAAAAGCUACCCUUUCCCACCAGAUGCCCAUUAAAUGGAUGGCUCUGGAAUGCAUCCACUACAGGAAGUUCACCCAUCAGAGUGACGUGUGGAGUUAUGGAGUGACCAUCUGGGAGCUGAUGACAUUCGGGGGCAAACCGUACGACGGCAUCCCCACGAGAGAAAUCCCCGACAUCCUGGAGAAAGGGGAGCGUCUGCCGCAGCCGCCAAUUUGCACCAUAGAUGUCUACAUGGUCAUGGUGAAAUGCUGGAUGAUUGACGCAGACAGCAGGCCCAAGUUCAAGGAGCUGGCUGCUGAGUUCUGCAGAAUGGCUCGGGACCCCCAGCGAUACCUUGUCAUCCAGGGGGAUGACCGCAUGAAGCUCCCCAGCCCCAAUGACAGCAAGUUCUUCCAGAGCCUUCUGGAUGAAGAGGACCUGAACGACCUGAUGGAUGCCGACGAGUAUCUGGUGCCUCAAGGCUUCAACAUGCCUCCUCCGUCAUACACAACCAGGCCUCGCGUCGACUCAAACAGAAACAAUUUGGCUAUCGAGACGGGGGGUCCAAUCCCUGCAGAGGGCUCUGUGGCCAGGGGCCCAAGCCGCCAUGAACCAGGAAGCAACAGGUGGACCGGAUCCGGCCCUGGAGGACCAGCGCUGUAA